AAUGAGGUGAAUCUGGCGCCCUCCUAACAACAGUACUGAGCAUGCGUGGAGUUUUGCACCUGACGUCAGUCUGGCUGGGGCGGUACUAUGCUAAAUGGGAGUUCAUGCCUUGCCAAUCUCUGGAGGACAAGUAGCUGGGAUGGCAGUGGGGUGACUCGUGCCCCACCAAUCCCUGAAAGAAGAUUAGCAUACUGUUGUGUAUAUAAGCUGAGCGGUAACACUUAAAGCUGUAACACUUGGAGCUGUAACACUUGGAGCUGUAACACUUAGGGCUGGCUGCCGCUGCCUCCCUGUAUCAACAAAGAAGGUCUCCUGCAGUAAAGGCUGUUGAGAAGAAUCCAACCGUGUUGCGUCUUCCUUGCCGGAAGAGGUGGGCGCGACAAAGUGGUGGCCCGUACGGGGACGAGGACAUCCUCGUGGAUCUCAGAACUCUUCAGCUUCAGGAGGAGUGACGUCGGAAAAGUUCCCGAAUCAAGAAAAUCCAAUUUGGGUACCUGAGCGCUUGACUCGAAAAUUGCCUUCUGAAGAUGAGACUACGAACCCUACUAUUGCUACUGGGAAUGAUAAUACAGGUUAAUUCGAUCACCCUGUGGGCUAUUGCCAGAUCCUGGCCAGUACCCAUGCCAGUCCAUAGCAAUUCUACUGUUUUACCAACCUUUUUCUCUACCUCCUGUUUGCGUGAUGUUCCUUGUAUAGUGCCAACUGGAGAAAUGCCCCAACGGUAUGCCGCCACUAACGUUUCUCUGUUGCAUACCUUAUGUUUUACCAUUAAAGACUCUUCCCUGCCCUGUAUUUGGUUACGUAGAGCCAUGUUAGCUAAUUGGUUGAAUCCUAUAAGUGACAGCACAAUGAACACCGGGAUCAUCCUGGCUGCUUUGAGUCAAAUUGCCCAGGGAGUCUCUUCACCCAGCGAGGACAUGUCAGUCGAUAGUUCUGCUGAUCUGAACAUUACAACACUAAUUGUGAUGCAUAAUUGUAGUGUUCCAUCACGCCCAGGGCAAGGUAACUAUGCACAGAAUAGCUCUACCCGUCGUAGAGUCUUACCCGCUUGCCCCCCGCAUCAAGAGUUUCCACCUAAUUUUACCCCAUGUCAGAGUCCAUUCCAUAGAACAAAACAAUUCCUACUGGGAUUUGAAUUUUCCCCUCCUCUUGGCCAUGUACAGUAUGACUGGGGGGAGAAUAAGACUGGCAAGCAUAAUCUCUGGCCUUGGUUUCAAUGGGUGCUGUCCAAUGAGCAAGGGGCAUAUACAUCCCUGACCCCCUUUGCUAGGUUGAUGGGUGAGAACUUCACGCUGUAUAAUGUUUCGGCUACCAGAAAAAAUGAUACCAGGUUGACCAAUAUUCAAUAUAAUAACCUCUUGGAACAUAAUACUGCCACUAGUACUUCAGUAUGUGUUAGAUCACCCUUUUUCUUUCUGAUAAGCACUAAUGUCAGCAAUGGUGUUUUAAAUUGUAAUAGCUCUGAUGUAGUCUGCUAUUUAGCUGAAUGCUGGGAUGGCAACAAUGACACCGCAGUGAUGGUUAAGAUUCCCUCCUUUGUGCCAAUCCCAGUGGAGGCAAACCCAGAUAGUUUUCCUAUUCUCAAUUUGCUGAGAACCAAAAGAGAUUUUGGAAUUACGGCAGCCAUAAUUUCAGCCAUCGUGCUGUCUGCUGCCGCAGCUACCACAGCUGCAAUUGCUAUGACCAAUCAAAUACAGACGGCUGAGACUGUCAAUCAGAUUGUAGAAAGAACUGCAAUGGCGCUAGAGAUACAAGAAGAAUUUAAUACUCAUUUGGCAUCUGGCCUUCUAUUAGCCAAUCAAAGGAUAGAUUUAGUUCAAGAACAAAUUGAAGCACUAUAUCAUAUGACACAGCUGUCUUGCGUUUCCUCCCUAAGAGGUUUAUGCAUUACUCCUUUGCAAGCCAACUUUUCUCAGCAUUCUCAACAGAGCAAAGAAAUCUCAAAUUAUCUGAAAGGAAACUGGUCCAUGAAAGCAGAGCAACUAUCCAGACAAUUGCUGAUGCAGAUUGCUGUCCUCAACAGCACUAGGCUGGACCCCAUCACAAAUGAAGACUUUACCUCAUGGAUUACCAAUGCUUUCUCCUUUUUUAAGGAGUGGGCGGGCAUGUUUGCCUGGGGAGCUAUUGUCCUCCUGGGAUGCGGAGUAUGUCUCUGGCUUAUUGGCCGUUUAAAAAGAGAACAUGCCAGACACAAAGCGGUUGUUUACCAGGCUAUGACUGCCAUUGACAAUGGUGCUUCUCCCAAUGUAUGGCUGGCCUCUUUGAAAGAUUAAGAGUUCGCCCUAGAUCAUUUUUGUCACAGUCAUGUGGGGUCAUUGUAUCCAGAGACAGGCAACUUUCCUCGAGCUCGGACCAACCUAAGUCACGGGCCCGGUGGCGAUAGGGUGACCCAACGACGGGUAAGGCC